AUGGAGUCCCCCGGCUGCCCGUGGAUCCGAGCUGAAAACGACCCCUGCGGCACUGGCCAUGUAUAUGAAGAGAGCGACGGCCGGUGUCUUUAUUUUCCCUCCAAACCUCGACUUCCUUGUCCCCCUCUGACUAUACCUCUCUCUUCAUCUCGGUUCCACGGACCGCCGGCCGCAAUGCUCGCCAAGCUGGGGCUGUACGCCCGCGCCUUCGGCUACAUCCUCGUCGUGCUCGGCCAAGAGCUCAGCUACCUCUUCAACAGGGCCGUGGUGCGCCGCCGCGCCCAGUUCUCCGGGAGCACGCCGGCCGACGGGCGCGACCGCACCAUUGUCAUUGUCGGCGCCUCCUUUGCCGGGCACCACGUCGCUCGCCUGGUGGCCGGCCAGCUGCCGCCCAGGAGCCGCUACCGGGUCGUCGUCGUCGAGCCCAAUAGCCAUUUCCAGUUCACGUGGGUGCUGCCGCGGUUCUGCGUCGUCAAGGGCCACGAGCACAAGGCCUUUAUCCCGUACGGCAAAUACGUCGAGUGCCUGCCCGGGGUGCUGGAGUGGGUUCAGGACCGCGCGGCGAGCGUCGACGGGACCCAUGUGCGGCUGGAGAAGAGCGGCGAGUCCAUCAGGUACGAUUACCUUGUUGUCGCGACGGGGUCGGGGGUCAGGACCGGUCUGCCGUCCCGGGUGAAUGCCGCCGAGAAGAGGGUCGGCGUCGCGCUGCUUCGCGGGAUUCAGUCGGGCAUCGAGGCGGCGCGGACGGUGGUGGUUGUGGGCGGCGGCGCGGCGGGCGUUGAGGUUGCCGCUGAUGCCAAGGAUUUGUACCCCGACAAGAGGAUUGUUCUCGUUCACUCGAGGGCGGCGGUGAUGCAUCGCUUCGGCAAGAGGUUGCAGGACGAGGCGCUCGAGGGGCUGACGAGGCUGGGCGUCGAGGUUGUUCUUGAGGAUAGGGUUGUGGACGAGGAUUCCGAGGCCAAGAAGGUGACGUUGCGGUCGGGGAGAGAAAUUCCAUGCGACCUUUUUUCGCCGUGCUCAGAACUCCUCAGCUCCUUGUCGCCACAAUCGAUUUCCACAAACGGAUACGUCAAGGUCAAGCCGACGCUCCAGAUAGCUGAUGACGAGUGUCCCAAUGUCUAUGCUUGUGGAGAAGUUGCCGAUACCGAGACGCCGUGUCCCAAUGCCCGCUCUGCGAUGCGUCAAGCAGCCACCGUGGCCAAGAAUAUUUUGAGCGUUGUUGAUGGGAAGCAGCCCAAACACGUGUACAGGCAUCAUUGGGUUGACACGUUUAUUAAGCUUACUCUUGGCCUGGACCGUUCCGCAACAUUUAUUGGCGACGGACAUUCCGACUUGAUGUUCAAGUCUCGGGAUAAAGAUGUCACGUUGAUGGUCAAAUCCACCUGGGCAAGAAUGGGGCUGAAGCCGUUCGAGGAUGAGUACGACGAGGACGAUUCAGGCGCAAAGGUCAAGGCAUGA